AUGUCGUCGAUGGCCGAACACCCUUCCCUCGUCCCCUUCUCCUUCGAUACCGAUAACAAACUCAAUCCAAACUUGAUCUUCCCUUCACCACCUUCAUCAGAGACUGGAGGAUUGGACUUUGAUCACUUCGAUUCUUUCACUCAUCUCUCACCGCGAUCCAUCUUGCUCGACGCACUUCCCAUCGGCGAAGAGAAAGCGCAAACACCCAAGGUCUCAUUCGAUUUGGAUUUAGAUCAGUCACCCGUCGCGUCCACGUGUACACCCACCUCAACUACCCUUAUCUCACCCAAAUCAUCCAACAUCGAGAUCCCCUCGAUCCCCCAAUUGGCAGCAUUGAACUCAAUCAAUCACAGUGACGCUGACACCGCUGAAGCAUUGAGCCUCCAUCACCUUCAAAGAUAUCACCACUACAGGGCACUCGCCACUGGAGUUCAAGAAGAUCAAUUCGACGCUCUCUUCGCCUCUUGUAACAACAGCAACCUAUUAAUGCCUGGUCCUGGUGAAUACAAUGAUAUGUCUCUUUACAAAGACACCAGCAAUAACAACAACAACAUGCUUGCUUACCAACCUCAGCCCGUACCAACCCCUUACUAUGGUGUAAGUCCACAAGUAUCCAACUGGGGUCAACCUACCGGUUCAUUCAUCUACCACCCACAAUCAUCUCAAGCAGCUUUGCAUGCUCAGGCUCAAGCCCAUCUUCAAGCCGCCGAUGUUGCCAGGGUUCAAGCUCAGCAACAGAGAGCCUUCUCGUCGCCUACCUAUUUCGUACCAUCAAGCACUCGAUCCUCAUGCGAUUCUGCGGUUCCACAGUUCGCCCCUUACCCAAGACCACCGACGUCUACCUUAUCCGCGAACAGCCCUCCAUACCCCUCAACCCCCGUAUAUGCCGGUGUACCAGAUUUCACCCCAAUCCAAAUGUCAAAGACUUCAACUUCAGCCAGCCUACCAUCUUUCGUCUCUCAAGAACCUUCUCCUGUAGUGAGACGAGCAGUCUCAAACAAUGGUAGCGAACACGAAGGUGAAGAUGAACUCGCUGAGUUCUCACCACCUCCCCGAACUGGUCUCGAGGAACUCAAGCCUAUGAUACCUGGUAUGCCGAUUCCUAACGCCCACGGUGGCGGUCGAGGUUAUGUUCCCGGUCAAACUCCCGAUGACCCAAAGAAGAGACAUAAAUGUCAAAUCUGCGGUAGGGCUUUUGCCAGAGCUUUCAACUUGAAAUCUCAUAUCCAAACCCACAACCCACUGCGACCAAAACCUUAUCAAUGUCCACACACAUCUUGUAAACGUGGUUUCUCCCGAUUGCACGAUCUUGAACGACAUCGACAAGGUAUUCACUCUGAUGGUCCGCUCGUCGAAGCCAAGCGACAAGGUGUCUCACCGGCCGUCGCCCGUGCUCAGAACAGAAUGCAAAAACGAGCCGAGUCGGGAAGUCUCAUCUAG